AUGUCGCCCGAGAAGCCAAUGCUCCAGGAGCUGGUAGCCAUCAUUGGUGUGCCAACUCUUUUGGAUGAGAUUGCCGAUUGCCAGUUCACAACAUGCCUAGCGACGAAUACUAAAGGCUUCCGUUGCGGGAGAAUUAAGAAACCAGACGACCAGGAACAAAGCAUGCGCUUGUGGAACGAAUUCAGCUUGAUGAAGGAGUUCGUUCUAACCGAGGGGUUGCAGGAGAAAAUCCAGUCGUUCAUUCGUUCUUCGAAUUGUCCUUAUCACAAUUCCAACGAUUCCAUUGCAAUGAAGGGAUUCAAGACCUGGAUAAAGUCUCGCGGCGAUGAUAAGCCGGUCCUAGCCAACUCCGUUUCGUCAGAAGAAUGCAGCAGCCCAGGCCUGACCUCAGCGUCGCUCAGCCACGAUGCAACGACAAUGACGAUUGAAUCCGACAUCAGCGAAACAACGAUCGAGUUCGACGUCAAAGAACCAGUCCAAAUCAGGAACACUGUGGAUGAUAAAGCAACAACAUGCACGGAGGUAGAGGCAGUAACGGAGGUGCUUUCAGCGAUGGCCGUUACCGAUAAAGAGGUCAAAGCCACCGCAGUCGUCACCACCAUCACCGACAAGGCGAUCAAAGCCGCCGCAGUCGUCACUACCAUCACAACGAGGGACAACGGUGCUCCCGAGACACAAACAAUUACGGCCGAAGUUAUUCCAACCCAUAUCAACGGCUUUGGCACGGUAUCGCAACUCCAGAGAAAGGGCACAUUACGAAGUCCCGCACCGUUCCUUGAAGAGAUUUAUCGCUAUCUACAGCCAUCCGAGCAAGAAGAAGGCAUCGUCUACGUUCUUAAACACAUAUCUGAAAGGAACCUUUUCAAGAUUGGAUACACGAGGUAUAACUCAGAGAAACGUCGCAAGAUGGGGAAGAAGUGCAAUGCGGACAACUCGGAGACCAUCUACGAGAGUCCCCAAGGCCACUUCUUUGCUGCCAAAAAAGCUGAGAAACUUGCCCAGGUCUUCCUUCGUGAACACCAUCUCAAAGUCGAGAAAUGCGAGACAUGCGGUGGUGGUCACAAGGAAUGGUUCUGCGCCUCGGAGAGGGAUGUCCUCCAAGCUGUUGAGACAAUGGAGGCUUUUGUCAGACUGCCUGGCUAUUCCGAGUGCCCAGAGACCAAGAAGUGGAAGAUAUCAAUCGAGGGGUACGAGAAGAUGAAGGUUUUAUGCGACCCCUCACCACGAAAACUCAGAGCACUUCUCCACGAAGACCAGGGAAGGACAGCAAGCAAGGAUUCAAGUGUUCCAACCGAAAAGAUCUCAUCGGAGAAUGAGAGGAGCGUUAAGGGCGCUAUCGGUCCGGAAACUCGCACAAGCAAACAAUCUUUCAUUGAGGAUAGGAAUCCGAAGGAGCCUACCGUCGUCGUUGAAUCUGUGGAGGUGGAUGACACCAAUCCGGAGCCGUCCACAUCGGCGGGGGUCAAACUUGGCAGGCGUUUGAGGGCGGUGGCCAACGGUGUCGACAAGGGUGUCGGCAAGGCUAAAAAGGGCUUUCGCGAGAUCUUGACCAAGUCACGAGAGGUGACUCCUGAACAUGAUUCGCUACGCCCAAUGUCCUCGGCAGGCCAAAUGAAUGGCAUGACGAUGGAAGAAACCCUCCGGAACGCAUUCCGGGGGUUUGAUGCAGAUCAUUGGAGUCAUUUGGGGAGGCGAGUGAAGGAUGAGUUUGACAGUUUUGUUGCGGACGUUAAUGAGGGGUUUCACCAGGGUGAAGAGGGAGUGGGAACGGCCAAAGCUUAA